CCAGCUGCCUCCACCAUGCCGCCGAAGUUCAACCCCAACAAGAUCAAAGUCAUACACCUGAGGUGCACUGAGGGUGAAGUCGGUGGCACGCCUGUGCUGGCCCCCAAGAUCAGCCACCUGGGUCUAUCUCCAAAAAAGGUUGGUGAUGACAUUGCCAAGGCAACAGGUGACUGGAAGGGCCUGAGGAUUGCAGUGGAAGUAACCAUUCAGAACAGACAGGACCAGAUUGAGGUGGUGCCUUCGGCCUCUGCCCUGAUCAACAAAUCCCUCGAGGAACCACCAAGAGACGAAACAGAAAACAUUAGACACAGUGGGAACAUCACUUCUGAUGAGACCGUCAACAUUGCUGGACAGACGCGGCACCGAUCGCUAGCCAGAGAACUCUCUGGAACCAUUAAAGAUAUCCUGGGGACUGCCCAGUCUGUGGGCUGUGAUGCUGAUGGCCGCCACCCUCAUGACAUCAUAGAUGACAUCAACAGUGGUGCUGUGGAAUGCUCAGCUAGUUAAGAAGCAC